AGAGCCAUCUCGGACUCGAGUUGGCCUGUCCGGCAGGAGCGCAUGCGCACUGCGCGCCCCGCUGCUUUCCUUUUCAGCAGCUGCUCGGAGGAGCCGGAAUUCCAACAUGGCAGUAUCGGUGGUGGUCAGUCUCACCCGCAAUAACUUGGAGCGGCUCCAAAACACCAGCGACUGAGACCGGGACUGGACGGAGCGGAAGUCUCGCGCGCUUCCCGACGAGCACAGCCGGUCGCCAAGAAAGCGCGUGACGGCUCCGCUGUCUCCUCACAUGAACAGCGACAUGAUGAGCAGUGUAUAUGGCGUGACAAUGCAGUGGGCCCCUGAGCAGCCGCAGUGGGUGGAGCAGCACUAUGACAUCACAUCCACCACACGCUCACCAGCACGCAAGUUCGAACCUUUCCGCAGUCAACGGUUAACCAGUUCAUCUACAGGUGGAGCGUACCAUCAUUCCUGGGCUAACGAUGACAUCUCAGCGCUGACUGCUUCCAACUUGCUAAAAAGAUAUGCAGAACGUUACUCCACCAUUUUGGACCUCCCCUGCGAUAAUGGACUAAUUGGAUACCCGGACCCUACCAUUUCUGCCAGUGUAAAUGGACCUAGUGUUGUUAACAGAGCUCCGCCCUUGCUUACUGGGCGAAAACUGGAGCCAGAGACUUGGCUAGAGAGCAUAUAUCCUCCACUGGGCUGCGUCCCAGAACUGGUCCCCAAAGCACCGUUGAGUGUAUCAGAAAUGCCUGCGAGUGUGGGUAGCUCCCCUGGGGUUGGAGCUGGUAGCUUGCCAGAGCCCAGUUUCUCCAGCAGUAACUGUGGUAGCCAAACGAGUGCCCAGGAUUACAGCAGCACCCUAUAUAGUGCCCCUUACUUGCACUCUGUGGGCUCCUAUAAUGGACCACUUCUCCACCCAGUUGCCUCCCAUCCCAACUUGGUGCCAACUUAUGGUGCUAAUGCCUCACCUAGCCUUCCUACCUAUGGCUAUCCAAGCACUGGAUACCCCUAUAGUCCUCCGUCCCCUUCUGCUGCCUGCCUUUCUACCAGCAUUGCACCAGCUACACCUCUACCAGCAUCCAGCAUGAGUGGCUACUCUUACCCAACUCCCAGUCUGGCACCAUUGCCUGCUAGUGUUGCAGAUAAUGGGUCCCCAAGUUCGGACAGCCUCGGCAAGCCCUACUAUUCAGCUGGACCGGGUGACAUAAGGGCAUUUGAGGAUUUUGGUUUUGGUGGUACGUCUAAUUCAGACAGUCAGUCAGCAAGCAGUCCACUCUACAGGCCACCAGGGGGAAAUGAGGGGCAUAAGGGAAACGGAUACGAGCAGUCAAGUGAUGCCACAUCGCUGCUCUUUAAACCUACCAAUCCCAGUGACUCUCUACGUAGCCUUGAGUCUCUCGCUCAAGGUAGUGCUGCAUCCGGCCAGUGCUUUGCAGCAACUUCCUGCUCAGCCACCUCCUCAAAUGUGUACUCAUCUGCCUCGUCGCACACACACCUCUGCCUCGACACACACACACCUUGCUGAAUCCUCACCCUCUGAAGGAGCAGUCGAAGGAUUUUUGUGUUAGUGUUUUGGCUCUGAGGAUGUGCACCAGCGCCCCCUGGUGCUCUGGAGGGUGAUAUUGCUUGAGCACAGCUGUAGGAGGUUGUUCAAUCCAUGAAUGUGUACUCCUUACACACUUACAUGUGUUGGCGUGUGGUUUGUGCUUGGGAUGGGCUGUCCAGAGAGACUGCACAGUAUAAGAAGUAGAACUCAUGGAGCUGUGGCCAGACCGAGCACGCUCUGAUUGGAGGUGCUGAAUAAAGGACACAUAGGGACCACUGGUUGGAGACACACACAUACAUGCUGUGUGACAGUAAAAGCUGUACUUUGAGAAACUCUGUGCUCCUAAUGAGGACAAAGCGAUGAAUGGACAAACAGAAUGGUGUUGAAUAGAGGGAUGCAGAUUUAGACACUGAGGAAUGAGGUUUAAGAAUGUACUGUAUGUGAGUGAUGAAUAUGCAGUAUACUGUAGUGGCCAUGGAAGCUCAGAAACAUGAUUACCCAUCAAUAGGUGUGAGGUUUCUCCAUUCCAGCCUUGGCAGACUCCAUAUCUUCCUUUCUUUAAAGGAACAGUUUGGCAAGAAAUCAGAUGUGCUCAAUUUUCCACUUUCCCCAGAUGUUGUAGUUAAGCCCAGUCAAAUGUAGUUCUAUGAGGCUACCAUAUCUAAUAAGAAUUGGAAGUCUAGCUUCAUAUGACAUUGAUAAGCUCUAUAGUCUCAUGCUGCAUUAAUUAUUAUGAAAGCUUAUAACUCAAUUCUAAUUUCCAACCUCUGACUAGGAAAAAACAAAGAAAACACCAAAUUUGGAAGGUGUCCUUUAACCCUUACCCAGUGUUUACAUUAGCAAGUGACAAAAGUGACAGGCAACCAUUCAUUUUCUAUGUACGUAAGCAGGCAACAAAGAGAUAAAGCUACAAUAGUAGCCUUUGCUCUACGCCCACAAGAGACACAAGCGACUAGCGACACAACUGAUUUAUCAGUCACUAGUGUGAACACAGGGUUACUGCUUCAAAUUGUCACCCAUUUUUUCACUCUCUAUGUCCAAGAAUUUAUUGUCACUUUACUGGUUUUGUAAUAUUUUCAAGAUAAGUAGCAUACAUAAGUACUAUCAAUGCACUAUGAUGCUUUUGCCAACUGAACAUCAAAUUUGCCCAUUACUUUUGAGCUAGUUCUGGUUUGGAUUGAUUUUGAUCUAGCUCUGGUUUGGAUGCUUGAUGCAUAUACAUUUUCUUGCAAAAAAGUAAAAAUCUUCCCUUAGGGGGCCAAGUAGUACAGUACUAGAUCAGGUUUACUUGUGGUCUUGAAUGGAAAGAUACCAAACUGUGCUAAAGAAAGAAUUAUCCUGUUUGUCCACUAAUCUAUGGAUUGUGGCUAGAAGGUUCUAGUUUUCUUUACUUUUAUAGAUUACAAUAGAGAUUUUGGGUGACGCAGACUUCUAUAAAUAAGCUACGUUAUCCUCGUAGCUCCUCAUUGCAAAACUAAAAAAGAAAAAACGGAGAUGCCAAAUGUCUUUUGGCAACUGACUACAUUUGAAGUAAGUGGACAAUUGUUUACAUUUGAUUUCCCGCCAAGCCAUCUCUUUAACACACCAGUUUCAACUGAGAUACUCAGAACCAAACCAUUUCUGCCAGCAAAAUGUGUACAGUGCCUCAGAUUGUUGUGUUAAGCGUUUUUCUGUGGAUUAUGAGUUAAGUAAUGAGAUUAUGAGUUUGAAGUUGAACUAAAAGCAUUCAUGAUCAUACUCUCAACCCUUAAAGUACUUGGGCUACUGUGUGUGUGUAUGUGUGUGUGUGUGUGUGGUUUCAUGUGCUUCAAUAAAUCAGACUCACACUUGCCACAGAGACAAGACAUCCCUUAGCCAUUCAAAGAGCUACAAUAUUUCACAGAUUUGUGUGUGUGUGUGUAAAAUUGAGCGAGAGAGAACCUCAGGAAAGAAUUUGUAAAUUUGUACAGUUCCUCAGAUUGUUGUGUUGAGGGUUUGUGUGCUAGUGUUUUGUUAAGGCUUUGUGCAUAUCUAAAAAUAGUGCCACGUUUAUGUAUCUCCAAACAAGUUGUUUCACUGAAUGUACAAAGACAUUAUACCAAGUUGCUACAAAAACCUA